UCAUUCCAGGAGGAGAAGCCAGCAGUGCCGGCAGCCUAGGGCGUGGGAGAUGCUGCUCCGGACCCGCAGCCACGUCUGAACACGAGGAGCCCAGCAGAGCGAAGCACAGGGUCUCCUCCCUGAGCCCCGGGCACCCCCAGCACCACCCAACACCCCAGGUCUGUGGUCUGCACCCUGAGUGCCAAGGCUGGUGGGCUGGAAUGUAAGCACGGCCCAGGCCCACCUCGACGGAAGCGCAGCAUCCAGAGCUGCGGGCUGCCAGGCUGCAGCGAAGGAGGUGUAGAGGCUGCAAGUCAAGUGGGGCCCGGCUCCCCCAGCCGUCCACCAUGGUGGUGGCACACCCCACGGCCACCGCCACCACCACGCCCACCGCUACCGUCACAGCCACCGUCGUGAUGACCACAGCCACCAUGGACCUGCGGGACUGGCUUUUCCUCUGCUACGGGCUCAUCGCCUUCCUGACGGAGGUCAUCGACAGCACCACGUGCCCCUCCGUGUGCCGCUGCGACAACGGCUUCAUCUACUGCAACGACCGGGGGCUCACCUCCAUCCCCGCUGACAUCCCCGACGACGCCACCACCCUCUACCUGCAGAACAACCAGAUCAACAAUGCCGGCAUCCCCCAGGACCUCAAGACCAAGGUCAACGUGCAGGUCAUCUACCUAUACGAGAACGACCUGGAUGAGUUCCCUGUCAACCUGCCCCGCUCCCUGCGGGAGCUGCACCUGCAGGACAACAACGUGCGCACCAUCGCCCGGGACUCGCUGGCCCGCAUCCCGCUGCUGGAGAAGCUGCACCUGGAUGACAACUCCGUGUCCACCGUCAGCAUAGAGGAGGACGCCUUCGCCGACAGCAAGCAGCUCAAGCUGCUCUUCCUGAGCAGGAACCACCUGAGCAGCAUCCCCUCGGGGCUGCCCCGCACGCUGGAGGAGCUGCGGCUGGAUGACAACCGUAUCUCCACCAUCCCACUGCAUGCCUUCAAGGGCCUCAGCAGCCUGCGGCGCCUGGUUCUAGACGGCAACCUGCUGGCCAACCAGCGCAUCGCCGACGACACCUUCAGCCGCCUGCAGAACCUGACCGAGCUCUCGCUGGUGCGCAACUCGCUGGCCGCCCCGCCCCUCAACCUGCCCAGCGCCCGCCUGCAGAAGCUCUACCUGCAGGACAACGCCAUCAGCCACGUGCCCUACAACACGCUGGCCAAGAUGCGUGAGCUGGAGCGCCUGGACCUGUCCAACAACAACCUGACCACGCUGCCCCGCGGCCUGUUCGAUGACCUGCAGAACCUGGCCCAGCUGCUGCUCCGGAACAACCCCUGGUUCUGCGGCUGUAACCUCCUGUGGCUGCGGGACUGGGUGAAGGCACGGGCGGCCGUGGUCAACGUGCGAGGCCUCAUGUGCCAGGGCCCCGAGAAGGUCCGGGGCAUGGCCAUCAAGGACAUCACCAGCGAGAUGGACGAAUGUUUCGAGGCGGGGGUGCAGGGCGGAGCGGCCAACGCCGCCGCCAAGACCACGGCCAGUGACCGCGCCUCUGCCACCACGCCCCAGGGCUCGCUCUUCACCCUCAAGGCUAAGAGGCCGGGGCUGCGCCUCCCUGACUCCAGCCUCGACUACCCCAUGGCCACGGGCGAUAGUGCCAAGACCCUGGUCAUCCACGUGAAGCCCCUGACGGCGGACUCCAUCCGCAUCACGUGGAAGGCCACGCUCCCCGCCUCCUCCUUCCGGCUCAGCUGGCUGCGCCUGGGCCACAGCCCAGCCGUGGGCUCCAUCACGGAGACUCUGGUGCAGGGGGACAAGACAGAGUACCUGCUGACGGCCCUGGAGCCCAAGUCCACCUAUAUCAUCUGCAUGGUCACCAUGGAGACCGGCAACACCUAUGUGGCCGACGAGACGCCCGUGUGUGCCAAGGCGGAGACGGCCGACAGCUACGGCCCCACCACCACACUCAACCAGGAGCAGAACGCCGACCCCAUGGCGGGCCUGCCCCUGGCGGGCAUCAUCGGUGGCGCCGUGGCCCUCGUCUUCCUCUUCCUGGUCCUGGGGGCCAUCUGCUGGUACGUGCACCGGGCCAGCGAGCUGCUGACCCGGGAGCGGGCCUACAACCGGGGCAACCGGAAAAAGGACGACUAUAUGGAGUCGGGGACCAAGAAGGAUAACUCCAUCCUGGAAAUCCGCGGCCCCGGGCUGCAGAUGCUGCCCAUCAACCCUUACCACAGCAAAGAGGAAUACGUGGUCCACACCAUCUUCCCCUCCAACGGCAGCAGCCUCUGCAAGGGCACGCACACCAUCGGCUACGGCACCACGCGGGGCUACCGGGACGGUGGCAUCCCCGACAUAGACUACUCCUACACAUGAUGCCAGCACCCGGCUUCUGCCUCCUCCUGGCGUGGCGACUGUGUGGCUUUGACCAGCCUGCUGCCA